GUUCAAACAACGCAUAGGCACGGUAGCCGAAAGAGGUCAGGUGACCAACGCGGAACAUGGUCCGGUGUUUCCUGAUCCACACGGUGUGUCCGGUCAGUGCUCUCGGUGCCGGGGAGAGUCGGCUGCUCUACUCCCGGCUCUUCGGCCCGGAUGAAGGCAUCUUUUCCGACCGGGAGCGAGGGCUCAGCCCGGAGGAGAGGCGACUUGUGCAGAAGGAGAGGAUAGCUGUGGUAGCACGGCAGGUCCGCAGCGCCAUCUCUCUGUCCCGGGAGGCUUCGGCCCGGGUGCUGGGGGAGACGGUGCCCGGGGAGGAGGCGCUGGCCCUGCAGGAGGCCGACAGCGGAGUGGUGCGUCUCCGAGCUGGAGACCCCUUCUCUGAGGAGAUGAGCGCUCUGUGGCUGGGAGUCCAGAGUCUGGGCUUCACGCUGGUUUGUGAGCCCCAUGAGAACCUCCUGCUGGCUGAGAGCACCCUGCGUAACCUGGCCCGACACUGCCUGGAGCACCUGCACAUGCUGGGGCAGGGCAGCGAGGUUCUGCUGAGGAGCAACCGCGUGGAUGCUCUGCUCAGCCGCCUGCUUCCUCACGGCCAGCUCCUCUUCCUCAACCACCGCUUCGCCCAGGCUCUGGAGAAGGAGGUAGCCGCUUACAUGGCCAAGUGAACCAGAGCAGCCCCCGGUGUACCACGUCCAGUCCGAGGCUUAUUACCACGAGCUGGGACUGCCGACGUUCAAACAAAUUGGCUGUUCACCACUGGCGACAUUUCUGCGGCGGCGGUAGAAGGAGAACGGACUGCUUGGCAGCUGCUGCUGCUUGUGAUUGCACGAGGUAGUAAACGCACACAGAGUGACAACCUAUCUCCCUCAGCCACUUGCAGCUCACUGUUGACUGUUUGCUGCGUGGGAGGCUUCAGUUCAAAUCCCAUUUGUCAAAUUGAAGAGUGAAAAGGGAAAAAAGUGGCAGAUUAAAGAGUGCAGCUGAAGAGGCCAGUUAAAAGCUUACUCGUCAACAUCAAAGACUCUUUAUCUGAUUCACAGUACUUGAAAUGUCACGGUGGGACCUUGAGGAGCCAGACCAGACCUGUUUUGUUUGAGAAUUCUGGGAAUAUAAAUGAAUCUCCAAGUGC